ACUUGUGCAAGCGGAGUCCGGGGAGCUCAGGCUGCAGCUUUGCUGGGAGCGCGCGGAAGAAAGCGCAAGCCAGCAGGGACUGCGGCGGCAGCGGCAGAAACGCGAGUAAAGGGGUGCAACACCCCGAGGUCCCCGGGAAAGCAAAGUCCUCCUGCACCUGCUGGGGCUGCAAAAGCCUGGAAAUAGCUUCCAAAUUUGCCUAAGCGGCAGCUCUAAGGAAAACUGUGGACAAGAAGACUCAACGGCCAACGAAGCUGCCUCUCGGUCUAGAUUUUGUUUGCUUUUGAAAUUUGAUGGAUCAAAUUUGAUGGGCUACUGCAACCUGGUAUGUUUCCCAGUUCCAGGUCCACUAACUCUAAUUGGCAGAUAUAUUUGAACAGGCGAACAUGUUCAAGAGCCACCUUUUUAUGUACUACUGGACCAUCUUUCAUGUUUUCAAUUUAUUAGCAGUAUGGACAACUGCUGAAGAUGUCAUUAAUAGCACUUUAAAUCACACAGACCUGCUGGCAGGAUCUGUACCUAUGGUAAUCUACAGUCUUGACCAUAUUAUAGUCAAGGAAGGUUAUAGUGCCUUGAUUGACUGCAACGUUCAAGGUUAUCCAGAACCAGAGUACAAGUGGUACAGCUCAAAUGGCCAUUUGGUGAAAGAAGAUGGAGCAGGAAAAUGGAUUCUCAAUAGUGGGCAACUAAAUAUUACCAGUGUGUUAUUUGAAGAUCGAGGAAAAUACACAUGUGUUGCUGCUAACAUCUAUGGCAAAGUGAAUAAUACUGUCACCCUGAGGGUUGUAUUUACCGCUGGAGACAUGGGGAUCUACUACAUGAUUGUAUGUCUUGUAGCAUUUACCAUUGUUUUGAUCUUAAAUAUUACUAGACUCUGCAUGAUGAGUAGCCACUUGAAAAAGACUGAGAAAGCGAUCAAUGAUUUUUUUCGGACAGAAGGAGCUGAAAAACUUCAAAAAGCUUUUGAGAUUGCUAAGCGCAUCCCGAUAAUCACCUCAGCAAAAACUCUUGAGCUUGCCAAAGUAACCCAGUUUAAGACAAUGGAGUUUGCCCGCUACAUUGAGGAACUAGCUAGAAGUGUUCCCCUACCCCCUCUUAUAAUGAAUUGUAGGACUAUCAUGGAAGAAAUCGUGGACGUAGUCAGAUUAGAGGAACAAGGCCAUAAAUUUGUAAGGCAAUCAGCCGUGGGGCAAGGGAUCAUGGACCCUGAUGAAAUGUACGUGGUUUCCAGUCCCCUAAAGCGUAGUGAUUCUCUUGCCGCUGAUUCAGAUGCAUCUUCUUUGCAUGAACCACCACUCAAGAUUGCUAUAAAAGUCUCAGUUCAUCAGUUAACUAAGAAGGACUCUAUUGAUCACCUCACACACGAUAGUAUAGAUUUAGAAAUCAAAGAAGAGAAAGAAGUUGCUCAGGUACAGACGGAACCUAGUGACCUGGGCUUGGAACCUUCAACUGAACUCAGCUCAACUGAGACAAUUGUGGGAAGUGGCAAGGACACAUGUACUAUUUAUGAAACCCAUUUAUGAUCAUCUAUCAGCAAAUGUGUACUGAUAAAAAUAGUAUAAAAUGAAGUGGCAGAGUUGAUAAGCCUUAUUUGAACAC